AUGUCUCUCGUGUAAGCACAUGUGCUAGUAUUUGAUGACAACAUGAUACUUUGGUCUCAAGGUACUGAUGUCCAGAGUGAUUCUGAAGGAGUGAGUAAAAGUGAGUAAAAGCUAGAAAGAAAGAAACAGGUUGACAAAAAGUAAACACGGGAGAUGAUGUUUAGGGAGAAAUCUGACAUAGUAAAGGACUGUGGGAGUUAAAGAGCAUUACAGAGAAUUGCUACCACAGGGGUGGUUCCUGUGAGGAAACACCAGACAACUAUGGAUGACAAGGUGAAGGAAGUUGGUGGCUCAGUGAGGAAAAAGGCCAAGAUUCUUUGUUCUGCCUCAAAGAAAGACUUCAUUGAUAUGCUGAGGAGGGAAGAGGGAGGUGUCUGAGUAACUGGCAAGACUGAAGAGGAGGUCUGUAACACUACAGUAGAGAAGCCUGCCUGAAGGGUCCUAAGAGAUGACUUUAUGAUGGAAGCCAAUGACAAAAACACUGACCAAGAUGAGCCACAGGAGGCGGGCAGUGGAGACAACUGUUUAGAUCUUACAUAA